AUGUCGCGAGAAAUCAUUGGUCGAUUGUGGAAGGAGCAUAUGAAAGUGAGAGGCAUUGAGAUCCCUUCGGUGGUUUCAACGUAUGACGGUUCCCAGCAAAUGUUGGAUCAACAUUUGCUGGACCUCAUAGCGAUUUUGGACUGGCCUAACCCAAUUAUAUUGAUCAAUGGACUCCAAGGCCCAUCAACCAGUCUUCUUCCUCGUUUUGGUUCUCCCGUUCCGUCAACAUCGACAACCGUCUCAUCCACUUCGUCUCUCCAUUCAUCAACACGUCAUCCAAACCAGGCUCCGGUGCAGAGACGUGGCACACCGAAUUCGCGCCCGUCAACAACAUCUGGUCGAGGAUACCCAUGGCCAACCAAUCUUCUUCCUUGGCUUGGUUCCCCAGCUCCUUCAACAUCGACUAUGCCAGCCAACCAUGGAAACCAGUCAUUUGUUCUCACUUCUCCAUAUCGCCGAGCUAUGAAAAGUUCUCCUCAUCGUCCUUCCAUUGAACUCUUGUUCAAGAGAGGCCUCGGAAGUGCUGAGAUCGCUCGACGCCUUCAAAUUUCGUCUUCGACGGUUCGAAACGUUGUCGCUGCUAUCAAAAAGCGAGGAGAUGCUUCUGAAGUAAAAAAAAGCGGACGUCCACGUUCUGUCAACACCCGGAAUACUCGUGCAAUCAUCAAGAAACGGAUCAUUCGAAAUGAUGGAUUGAGUCUCAAUAGGAUGGCGUCACAGCUUGGAAUUGCCCGAUCCACUGUCCAAUCGAUUGUCAAGAACGACUUGAAGCUCAAAAGUUACAAACUACGUCGUGGACAGUACCUCUCGGACAAAUCGAAAGCGAUGCGACUCGAAAAAUGCCGAAAAUUACUCCAGCACUUUCAAGUGCGCCGCGUCUCUGACGUUAUCUGGACAGACGAGAAGAUCUUCACUAUUGAACCUCUUCCCAACCGUCAAAACCAGAGACAGUUAUUGUCAAAGGAUGACAGCAUGUCUCCGAAACGUCGUCUUGCCCAUAACCGCCUUUUCCCGAAAAGUGUCAUGGUUUGGGCCGGUAUCACGGCAACCGGUAAAACUCCGUUGGUUUUCAUUGAAAGAAAUGUGAAAAUCAACUCGGAGGGAGCAGGGAGCAGCACGAGAGGUAUCAAAAAAGUCCAGAAAUUGGUCAAGAACCCACCGAGCCCACCGAGCCCACCGAGAAAGAGAAAAGCUGCAAGAGAAGCGGCCGAGAAACUGAAGCAGCAAAAAGUCGAGGAAAUGGAGAUGGACAAGAACGAAUGUGGAUGUGGAGUUUACUGUUUGUGCCCCGAGUCGCCCAAUCUUCAUUGGAUAAAGUGCGACGAUUGUGGUCAGUGGUUCAACGGCUUCUGCCUCUAUCUGCUGAACACUAAGAGUGUGCUCCCAGAUGAGUUCAGUUGCUGUGGCGCCCAACCGACACAGGUGGAUGCAAGUCACCAACUCGUGAAACAACUUUUGGCUAUGAUGUCUCACCCAAUCACUGUCAACGACGAAAUCGACUGGAAAACCUUUGAAAAGGAGUGCAAGAAACAAGGAAUCAAUUUCCAAUAUCAAAGAUAUUUAAAGGAAGGAGACAAGAAAAUUAUUCUCCAAAAAAUCAUCUGCUGCAUUCGAGAACAUCUUCCGAAUGAGUUUGUUGUGGACGCAUCUCCACCUCUUCAACAUCGCUCAAAAUUGGACAAACUGGUCGCUGAAACGGAACUGGCGAGAGGAUUUCUGGCUAUCCGAGAGAUAAUACAGCCAAAGUUGAUUGUGAGACUUCCAAAGGCACUGGUGCUUCAAGUUCAGGCUGAAAUGAACAGACAGUCAUCUUCAUAUUUGUCAGCUCCUUGGGCGACUUCCACUUCAUCUUCUUCGUCUUUGUCUUCGUCGUCUUUUCCUCCAUUGUCGUCAGCUCCCUCUUCCUCCCAAUCUUCCAGUCACCUUGCUGUCGGCUUCGUCGGAGCUACUGGAUCCACUUCACAAGCCAAGAAAUUGGCUAUGAAGAGGAAGAUUAAGAGGGACGAAGAUCCGCCAUUAAGUGCGCCCUACGUGAAGAAAGAAGAUUACGAAAACGGUCCACGGGAAGAUGAAGAAUUGGAAUUGGAUCCGAAUCCGAAAAAAAAUUGCGGAACCACGCCAUACUGUUUGAUCAAGCCCUCAGAUCGGGACAUUCUUUGGGUAAUUUAA